AACACACCUCACUUGAAAAGCGAGUUUGCACACCCUAGGGAUCGGUCGGUCUGUUUUGAUAAGUAUAAAACAAAGAAAAAAGAUUGUGUAAAUAUACGUUUAUAAGCAAAGCGUGCAGUAAUAUCGUGAUUUUACUGUGCAGUACUUGAUAAACCACGUAAAUGCAUAUGUUAUGUAUACGCACACACGCAUACAAAACUUGUAAAGUUUUCUUUGGAUUUUUGUAAAUAUAGGAAAAUUUAUGAUAUAUAACCUAAGCAACCAAGUUCAUAAAUGAUGCUUGUGACUGUGUCUUCAUCGUACAUACUCGCAUCAAUUGUUGAUUCAUCGUACGGUGUGGGCGUUUAAAUGUCUUCUGUCAUAAUAAUAUUUAAAAAGGAAGAGGUGUUCCUUUUGACAUAAAUAUCUGUGGUUGUGAUUUGACAACCGUAUUAUACGUAAGACCUCGCAGAGGUGUACCGUGUCAAUUAUCGUCAAAAGAAAUCGUGAAUUGAAAAUUAUUAUUGUUAAAUGCCAUGAAAAUCAAUGAAAAAAACAUGGUGGCAUUCGCGACCUCUGCGACGCCGGUGGACCGCGAGGGCUGGUUGAAUAAACGCGGCGAGGUGAACCGUGCUUAUCAGAGGCGGUGGUUCGUCCUUAAAGGGAACAUAUUGUUUUACUUUGAUCGCCGCGGCGACAAGGAGCCAGUGGGCAUGAUCGUGCUCGAGGGCUGUACGAUAGAGUUAACGGAGGACGAGGAACAGUUCGGCUUCAAGAUAGUCUUUCAUGGACCUAACAAUAGGAGCUAUGCUUUAGCAGCGGAGUCUCAGGAAUCCAUGGAGCAGUGGAUGAAGGCCCUAGCAUGCGCCAGUUAUGAUUACAUGAAACUUAUGGUAACAGAAUUGCAACGUCAGCUGGACGCUGUGGAAGAAGAGACAACAUCUAUGCCGGCGCAACAAUCCCCCAAGGCUCCACCGAGGCAGCGGCACAAUCCAUUCAAUAGGCCAGAUUCGCAUCACCGUUCGCAGAGUGUCAGAUCUGCUCCUAGCAGAACGGAGAAUGUACCUAGAACUAAAAUAACUUUCCGUGAGCUUCAUACAGUGUAUGGCAGACGAAUUUUGGCGGAUUUAAAUGCAUGGAGACACGCAAGGAAAAAUGCAGAGGCGCCCCUAAUAACUCUGUAACUUUGCGCACGCGCAACUUUGUAGGUAUUGAAUAGCAGAUAUAAUAAUAUAUAAAAAGUAUUGGCC